AUGAUGUCGCUAGGAAAGCAACCCACCGAUCACAUAAAAAGGCCGAUGAACGCAUUUAUGGUCUGGUCAAGAGGUCAGAGGCGGAAAAUGGCCCAGGAUAACCCAAAAAUGCACAACUCUGAAAUUUCGAAAAGGCUCGGUGCGGAAUGGAAACUUUUAAGUGAGAUGGAGAAAAGGCCGUUCAUUGAUGAAGCGAAGAGGUUAAGAGCGCUACACAUGAAGGAGCAUCCAGACUACAAAUACCGCCCGCGAAGGAAGCCCAAAGCACUAGUCAAGAAAGAACCAAAAUUCGGCUUCAAUAUCAGCAGCUUCAUGUCACCAGUACCUCGCCUGAUGACGCCUCUAGCCCAGCCGGUACCGCAAAUGCCAGUACCGCAUCAUCUUCUACAUGACAAACCAGAUCUGAGUAGAGCGCUGUUCCCACCCUUACCUUACCCUUUCUAUCCUUUUGCAAAGAUACCAUCUGAUGAGGGAAAACUGGCAGCAGAACUGGCGCAUUUACAGGCGCUAUACGGUGGAGCCUUAUACAGUUCAGCACUAUACAAUAGUGCGUUAUCACCGUGUGGUUGCCCACCACGUCGCUCCCCGUCUCCACCAGCGGACGUCAAACGUCCAAUGGCGUAUGUCCUCAUGAAGAGCGAUGAAGAGCCACCCCAGCACGUUAUAUGA